AUGUGGACUACCAGGAACUUCAAGGUGCCUACAGAGGAUGUCAGCAUCCACGACUCCUCCAGUGACGACUCAGCCAAGAGGAGAUAUAAUUGGAAAUUCUGUGUUUUCGUUGUCCUCCUUUUUCUCCUCGUCGGUAGCGUCGUCAGCGCCAUCAUUGUAUCCGUCAUCCGUACACAGAAGCCAUCCGAAGUAAUUCCAGUUGCACGCCUACAGUCCAGUCUCCGAGUGACGGAUAAGACGUACACGCCUGAACUCGCCGAUUCCUCAAGUCCUCAGUUUAAGGCGGAAGCUGCAGAAUUCUGCAACCAGAUUAAGGAGACGUUAGUCAUUGACAGCUCCCCAUUGAAGGACAAGGACCCUUCCUGUAAAGUACUGGAGAUAAGAAACGGCAGUUUAAUCUUUAUCUACGAGAUAGUAGUGCCACAAGCAGCAACCAGCUUAGGAGAACUGUUCAGUGACCUCUUGGCGCAGUUUAUCAUUGAGCAAUCGAAAGAUGGAAAAAUCGGAAAUUUAAAUGUCGACUCAAGAAGAGAAUGUGGGUGGUACUUACGGCAUCGAGCGACACAUCGUCUGCUGUACUCUGUCCUCCUAAACCUGCUUCCACAGCAUCAACCACCAAUGCUCCAUCUUCCACCCAGACGUCGUCAACAGUGACACCUCCGGCAACAACUACUACCCAGUCGACAACUGCUACAACCACUGCAUCAUCUUUACC